AUGCAAUGUUUGAACUCGCGGACACGCGCAGAGGUGGACGCGGCUCAUGCCAAGCAGCACUGGUUGAACAUUGGCACCCCGAGUAUCCGCAACCUGUUUUUUGUUUCGAGAUCGAAACUAUGUCUCUGGCUCGUGCUCGGCCUAAGUUCCUUUCCUCUGCAUAUGAUCUGGAACUCGACUGUCUUCGAAACUCAAUCUACAAACGACUAUCUUGCGGUCGCUGUUACUCUAGACUUCGGAAAUGGCACGGAAUGGACCGUCGCAGAAUCCGAAGAUUUAUUUUGGAAGUUAGACAAUGAUACUGCUGCUAGGUACCGUGCCAUAAUCCUAGGUCUUCAAAAGAAGAUGCAAGGCAUUGAACUCGAACAUCUGAGUGCCGAUGAGUGUCAGCGGGCCUACUGCAGCAGCGUUCUCCCUAGCCGAAGCAAUGUCCUCCUUAUUGAUUGGGAAUCUUCAGCCAUCCCUCCAGUCCUCGCAAUAUGGAGAAAUCAAUAUGUUUUGGACAAUGGAGAUACAUACGACUGGACAGGAUGCAGCCAGUUUUCUUAUCUUGGUUUCCAGCUGAACGAUCCAGACUUCGGGGGAAUUCUCACAAGCCCCGUUCACGAAUGCUUUUCGCAAGAAACAGCAGAGGAAUGCAAAGCUAGUUUGGCUCCGGUUUUUUUGAUCAUUGUAAUCCUUUGCAAUGUCAUCAAGGCAUGUUGCUUUAUCCUCGCUCUUCGCAUCACACAGAGAGACCCACCUCUAUGCACACUCGGGGAUGCAAUACAAUCAUUCUUGAAAGAACCAGAUGUCUAUACCCAGAGACGUUGUCUGGUAUCCAAAGAAGAUUAUGAUGAACAUUGGUUAGGGAAAUCGCGUAAAUGGGGCUCUCGUCCGACCAACAUAGGAGAUAUUUGGAGCGGCGGCCGUGAUCGAUGGUUUCGAUCCGUGAACAGGCUGCAAUAUGUCCUUUUGUCCCUCUCAGUGAUCGCCAUUGCAGUUACUGGCCUAAUAUUUAUCGCCCUUAACGGAAGCAUGCUAGAUGUUCCCGGGUUUUCCACACCACUUGACUUUCUGGGUAAGCAUAAUACUGUUUUUGGCCUUGGUAGAGCGAGUAUAUUUGCCGUGUGCCUCCUUGCCAACAUUCCACAAGUCUUGAUAUCCUACGUCUAUCUUGGACUCAACAACAUCAUAACUACGAUGCUUGUGAUGCAUGAAUGGUGUGGCUAUUCAGCAGGUUCUCGAAAGGCCGCAAAAGGGCUUAGAGUGACUUGGCCGAUGCCUAAGUCUGAGCAACGGUCUACAUAUUUCCUGUCCCUUCCGUACAGAUGGAGCGUUCCGAUCACUCUUAUUAUUACUCUAAUCCAUUGGCUUGUGUCAGCGAUGUUCUCCUUCGUCCAGCUUGAUGUUCACGGCAUUGAUUCGGGAACUACUGUCACAGCCAUCAAUUAUGUUCUUUUCUGGCGCGACAUCUUGAUCCUUGUGGUCCCGAUUGGUCUUGGGGCAUACGGUGUUCUCAUUCUGCUUGGCUAUUUCAAGAAGUUCCCUGAAGGAAUGCCUUUGGCAGGAUGCUGCAGUGCAAGUAUUGCAGCUGCCUGCCAGCCUUCACUCUUGCAUGGAAAUGAAUUGGGCUCAAUGACGGUAUUUCCUUCAGAUUUGAGCAGCCGGAAGUUAUAG